AGCAUAUUACAAGCAGAACUAUUUUUAUUGUAUUGCUGGGCGGAUGAAUUUUAAAUCUCCCCAACUGACAGUAUAAAAUAAAAAUCAUCCGGCUGGGGACUUCAAACAAGCUCACAGCUCUCUUCUCGUGACAGUUAAACUUCACAUCUCACUAAAACAAAAUGCGUGAAAUUGUCCACCUUCAAGCCGGCCAGUGUGGAAACCAAAUUGGUGCUAAGGUAAGAGGUCGAAUGCAUAAAUGUGUAAACGAAUGACCAUAUAUAUUAUUUAUAAAUUACUAGACGUUGGUGCUCAGGAUUCUGACGAGGGCGGCCAGGCUCUGCGCCUAAAAACCACGCGCCCUCAAGGCGGGGCGAGGACAAAGGCUCAGCUAUUAAGGCCAGUGCGAACAGGCUAUUCUUAUAACACGAUAUUUACAAUAGCAGUGCCAAUAGUUCACUUCAAUUAUCGUUAUCCUCGAACGAAUGUUACAAGUGUUUAAUAAUAUAUUUUUUUAAUGGAUGACCUUAUUUCCAGUUUUCUUUUUUUCAAUUGGGAGUUCCUUCUCCCGCUAAAAGUGCCCCCACCCCUUCACCUUAUCUUGCGAUACGCCCAGCACCGUACCAAGUUACUAUUUAAAUUGGGCGGGAUGGUCUUUCUUUUGCCCCGCAGGGGGGUCACUGGUCCCAUUUGAAUUACUUCAUUCUUUCAAUUGGAGCUCCUGAUUUGUUUGAAAUAAUUGAAACAUAAAUAUGAAUCACGGAAUAAUAAAAAUUUUUAAAAAAGGUGGGGGAUGGGCUUAAACCAGCGGUUCCCAAACGUAUGUUUGUUGGACCAAUGGACAAGUUUUGAAAUUGCACUAAAGCUAAGGACUAUAUUACCAUAUAUUUCAUGUUGAGCUGACCAUGUCAGGUGUGAUGACCAUGUCAGGUGUGAUGACCUUUGGUAAGGUUUGCUCCAUUUGCAGUGUUUUAUUUUGUUUUGUUUAUUUAAACCUAAUAGUCCUCCUGCUGGUGUCUGAUUAGACACCUUGUGAUUGAAUCCAAAGUUAUUGACACCAUUUAUUGACACCUUGUGAUUGAAUCCAAAGUUAUUGACACCUUGUGAUUGAAUCCAAAGUUAUUGACACCUUGUGAUUGAAUCCAAAGUUAUUGACACCUUGUGAUUGAAUCCAAAGUUAUUGACACCUUGUGAUUGAAUCCAAAGUUAUUGACACCUUGUGAUUGAAUCCAAAGUUAUUGACACAAAUGUGAUGGGAUUCAAAGUUGGCACAAUCUCAAACCUGUCAUAGCUUAACAUUUAUUAACAAGCCAUUAUGUUAUGGCUAAAAAUGUUAGGAUAGCAGAUGGGCUACAUAAGAAUGACUGGAAGAUGGGCUACAUAAGAAUGACUGGAAGAUGGGCUACUACUUGGUACAAACUGCGAGUAUUGCUGGGUGUUUUUUUUUUUUUUUUUGUACCUGUUUAAGUACCCUGCACUGCUGGUAUUGCUAUGGUUAUCAGUGUACUGUGUUAAUACCCUGCACUGCUGGUAUUGCUAUGGUUAUCUGUGUACUGUGUUAAUACCCUGCACUGCUGGUAUUGCUAUGGUUAUCUGUGUAGUGUUAAUACCCUGCACUGCUGGUAUUGCUAUGGUUAUCUGUGUACUGUGUUAAUACCCUGCACUGCUGGUAUUGCUAUGGUUAUCUGUGUACUGUGUUAAUACCCUGUACUUGUUAUGCAACCAGCGAAUUCAAUGGUCUGAACUAUUUGUAUCUGCCAAUAGCGUAUCAACAUUUAUCUGAGUCAGAAAAGAUAUCUUGUGUGGUUUGUAACUGAUAAUGGGAUUGCAGCCGACUAGUAAGCAAGUUUUAUCUGCUGGUGAUGACUCACCUGUUAGUGAUGACUCAUUGUUAACCUGCUAUUUUACAUCCACAGUUCUGGGAGGUGAUCUCAGAUGAGCAUGGCAUUGACCCCACAGGCACAUAUCAUGGUGACUCUGACCUCCAACUAGAGCGUAUCAAUGUAUAUUACAAUGAGGCAUCAGGUAUUGUUGGUUUAUAAUUCCUUUAACCUUUAUUUUACAAUACACUCAGCUCGGAAUUUUUUUUUAAACAUAAGGUUUGUUUACGGAUGGUAUUUUAGGGCUUAACUUCCUUCAGAAAGUUUUACUUAUGACAAAAUUGUUGGGCUAAUUUGGAUUAACAUCAACAUGCAAGAAUUAACAUGUCACAGCUGUUCUGAUGUUUUUUUUUGUGUGUGUAAUUUCUUAGGUGGAAAAUAUGUCCCACGUGCAGUCCUUGUCGAUCUUGAGCCAGGCACAAUGGACAGUGUCAGGUCAGGACCUUUCGGACAGAUAUUUAGACCAGACAACUUUGUCUUCGGUCAAUCCGGGGCUGGCAACAACUGGGCCAAAGGUCACUACACAGAAGGAGCUGAGCUUGUUGACUCGGUAAUGGACGUUGUAAGGAAAGAGGCGGAGAACUGCGAUUGCCUUCAGGUAACUCCUCUACAAUUUAUUACGUUGCACAUGGCUGAUGGUUUACUUGUCUUCUUUCAGCAAUGUCUGGUGAUGAACUUUCAUUUUUGAAAAAGGAACUAUUGUGAUAUUAUUUGGUAGUUGCAGAAUUUGUCACAAAGCAUUUAUGGCCUUUUAUGUGUCCAUUGUAAAAUUUAUAAAUCUUCCUAUUAAAAAUGCCUGUCUAUGGUUGCAGGGCUUCCAACUCACACACUCCCUUGGUGGCGGCACUGGGUCUGGAAUGGGAACACUGCUCAUCAGCAAGAUGAGGGAAGAAUACCCAGACAGAAUCAUGAACACAUUUUCCGUUGUACCAUCACCAAAAGUAAGUCAUCUUUUCUUUUUUAGUUCUUUUUGUAAUAUUUGUUACUUUAGUACCUGAUUUUGUUUAUAUUUUUGUUUAUAGUACCACACUGUUCAUUAACAGAGUUGGGUUAAGGGUUUUUUUUUGUUGUUUUUUUUUUUUUACAGCUGUGAUAACAAAUAGUUCAUGUAUGUUCUUUAUUUUCCAGGUAUCAGACACAGUUGUGGAGCCUUACAAUGCUACCCUGUCCGUCCACCAGCUCGUAGAGAACACAGAUGAAACAUACUGUAUUGACAAUGAAGCCUUGUAUGACAUUUGCUUUAGGACCCUGAAGCUCACCACACCCACAUACGGUGACUUGAACCACUUGGUCAGUGCUACCAUGUCAGGUGUGACCACAUGCCUCAGAUUCCCUGGUCAGUUGAAUGCGGACUUGAGAAAACUGGCUGUCAACAUGGUCCCUUUCCCCCGUCUUCACUUCUUCAUGCCAGGAUUUGCCCCACUCACUUCAAGAGGAUCCCAGCAGUAUCGCGCUCUGACAGUGCCAGAACUGACCCAGCAGAUGUUUGAUGCCAAGAACAUGAUGGCUGCUUGCGAUCCCCGCCAUGGCCGUUACCUCACGGUCGCCGCCAUCUUCAGAGGUCGUAUGUCCAUGAAGGAAGUCGAUGAGCAGAUGUUGAAUGUCCAAAACAAGAAUUCCUCCUACUUUGUGGAAUGGAUCCCCAACAAUGUCAAAACCGCAGUCUGUGACAUUCCUCCCCGUGGCCUCAAAAUGUCAGCCACAUUCAUCGGAAACAGCACCGCCAUCCAGGAGCUCUUCAAGCGCAUCUCUGAGCAGUUCACCGCCAUGUUCCGUCGUAAGGCUUUCCUCCAUUGGUACACCGGUGAGGGCAUGGACGAGAUGGAGUUCACAGAGGCGGAAUCCAACAUGAACGAUCUCGUCUCCGAAUACCAGCAGUACCAGGAUGCCACAGCCGAGGAUGAGGGUGAAUUUGAUGAGGAAGAAGCUGAGGGGGAGGGACAGGAAUAUGCCUAAAUUAAAUGAGGUCCAACAGAAGUCAUCCAUUUUCUAAUGAUUUUUUUUACUAAUCAUCUUCAUCCCCUAGCCGUCUCUUCAAACUUCAGUUUAGGCUUAAAAGGUUUUGGCUUAUCUUUUGUCAAGUUUUCCCAUUUUUUAGGCCUUUUUUUUUUUUCUUAACAAAAGUAAUUGACUAAUCUUUUAGCUCUCCAGUCCUCUCUUCAAAUCUGCAGUUUAGGCUUUCAAAAUGUUUCAUAUCAUUCUUGUCAAGGUUUUUAUUUGUGGUCCAAAUUGACAAUAAAUUUCUGCUUCAUUAAUUCCAGUCCU